CUUCUGUACACUUCGCGUGGUAAAGCACAUAGAUUUCUGGCGGGUCUAUAGUGUUGGGAAGCACGUGUUCGGUGAGGUCGCUGGACCAGGGCCUAACGAGUAAUUAAGGUGCGAUCGAGCGGAAUCGCGGCACGCCCGCGAUUUAAUCAAGUAGAAUCAGAGUCGGCCGAGCGCACGGCGACGACGACCGUCUUUUGUUUGUUUUUGUGGCGCGCCGUUCGAAGGACCGCGCCAAAGAUUGGAUUCUCGCGCGCGUUGUGGAGGAACUUUUGCGUUUUGGACUUCGUAUAUGCAAAUUUGAAUGAGGUCGAACGGUGUGUGGGUUGAUUGUUGAAGGUCCCCCUUAAAAGCUCAACCUGGGAGCCACUUCCGGACCCGUCCCGACUCCGGGCGGGUUUUCUCCGGUCAUUUCCGCCGCAAAAACGCUUUCCCUAAGGGAAUCCGCCUGCGCCGAGUCGCUCUGGAAGAUGCCGCACAAAGAAGAAGACCUCAUGCACCACUCCAUGGGGCAGAACACGAUCUUCGGCUGCUCCUCGGCCGGCCACAGCGGCAUCAACCAAUUGGGCGGCGUGUACGUGAACGGUCGCCCCCUGCCCGACUCAACCAGACAGAAAAUCGUUGAGCUGGCCCACUCCGGGGCCCGACCCUGCGACAUUUCUCGCAUCCUUCAGGUGUCCAACGGCUGCGUGUCCAAGAUUCUGGGGAGGUACUACGAGACGGGGUCGAUCAAGCCUAGGGCGAUAGGGGGGUCGAAGCCCAGGGUGGCCACGCAACCCGUCGUCAACAAGAUUGCCGAUUUCAAGAGGGAGUGCCCGUCGAUAUUUGCGUGGGAGAUAAGGGACCGGUUGCUGAGUGAAGGAGUGUGCAACAACGAUAACAUUCCUAGCGUUUCUUCGAUCAACCGGGUGCUGCGCAACCUAGCCAGCCAAAAGGAGCAGCAGGCGAGCGCCCAAAACGAGUCCGUUUACGACAAAUUGCGGAUGUUCAACGGACAGGCUCCCGGCUGGGCCUGGUAUCCUGGGGGACCCGCCGCGCCCCAUCUUGGCCUGCCUCCAACGCCCUCCCUGGCCACGCAAAUCACCAGAGACGAUCUUCAGAAGAGAGCUGAGGCAAUGCACGAAAAUAAUUCGGACGGAAACUCAGAACACAACUCAUCAGGUGAUGAAGAUUCUCAACUUAGAUUAAGACUUAAAAGAAAACUCCAAAGAAAUCGAACUUCUUUUACAAAUGAACAAAUCGAUAGCCUAGAAAAAGAAUUUGAACGCACACAUUACCCAGACGUCUUCGCCAGAGAAAGGCUCGCCGAGAAAAUUGGAUUGCCUGAGGCACGUAUCCAGGUGUGGUUCAGUAAUAGAAGGGCGAAAUGGCGUAGAGAAGAAAAACUGCGCAAUCAAAGACGCGCAGUUGAUCAAGUCGGAACCGUGAGUCCUCCCGUUCCGACAAGCAGGCUUUCCAUCAAUUCCGGAUUUAAUUCGAUGUACUCGUCUAUUCCACAGCCUAUUGCCACCAUGGCUGAUAGUUAUAGCCCGAUGGCCGGCGGUCUGACUUCCAGCUGUCUGCAGCAAAGGGAUGCCGCGGGCUACCCCUACAUGUUCCACGACCCCCUGCAUUCCUUGAGUUCCUCGUAUAACUCGAGGGCGACGGCUUGUAACCCCGCCGUGGCCCACGCCCAGCCCACCACGCACCCCUCCUACGCGUCGGGUGGUGCGGCAGGAGCGACGCCCGUCUCUACAGGAACAGGCGUUAUAUCUCCUGGCGUGUCAGUACCCGUUCAGAUACCUUCUCAGCCGGCCGAAAUCUCCUCCAACCUGGCAACGAACUACUGGCCUCGGAUUCAGUGAUCUCAACUAUUCGGGUUCCCGGCUGCCACGAGCCUGCUCGUGCACCAGGAUAACCCGGCAGCACUUUUGAACCAUCCCGCAGCCAUAGCUUCACCCCCAGCCGUCAUUCCUGUACAAAGUACCACCCCUACCGACCACGAGAGUUCUUAAUCUGUCAAGAGAUGAAGACAAGUGAGUGUUUUAAAGGGGAUAUAAGUCGUAGGGUUAACUCUGUGUGUGAGUGAAUAAGAAAUCAUUACUUUUAGAAUAACAGUCAUUCAAGAUAUUAAUUAUUGGACGUGAAAGAGAACUUUACAAUUUGUAAUGGUUAAAACGUACGUCUGCGUAUACAUGGUACCCUAUAAUAUUAAAACACACACUACUACAGAUCAGAGAUCUAGUAAACUAAGAGAGGUGCAAAGAGGAUUGAAUCAGAGUAAAGUCACGUAUUAUUGAACCUUAUAACGUCAUGUUUCGAAAUCUAAAAUAAUCCGAGUGCUUUUAGCGGUCUGGAUGAAAUUUUGAGGCUGAAAGUUGGUGAAAGUUUACCAGGG